AUGCGGUCCAUUAUUAUAGCGCUCUGGCUAGCGAGCGCGGUGCACUCACUCGAUCUACAGUACUUAGACCCCACCAAACUACAAACACAAGUCGCACCUGCAAUUCAAGAACGUGCAGCAUUAGAAAUCAUCAGGCAAUAUUAUGCUAAAGUGAACGUGAGAGUUGAUCCAGUUUUUUUCGUUAACAAAAAAGACAGUUUUCAUUUAAAAACCUUCAAUGGCACCCUGGACAUCAGAGCUAGCAGCGGAGUCGCUGCCACUUGGGGUUUCAACUACUUUCUCAAAAAAUACUGCAAGAGCCAAAUUGAAUGGCAAACGAAAAACGUAAAUAUACCGUACCUACUGCCCGAGGUGGACGAGACGGUGGUGGCUAACGACCGGUUCCGGUAUUAUCAGAACGUGUGCACAGCGUCCUACAGCUUCGUUUGGUGGAACAUCUACAAUUGGAGAGACCAUGUGCAAUGGAUGGCCCUCAACGGUAUCAACCUCGCAUUGGCACCCGUAGCUCAGGAAGCCGUCUGGACACAAGUCUACACACAAGUCGGUAUGACUCAAGAAGAAAUAGACCAACACUUCACGGGCCCAGCGUUCCUAUCCUGGCUUAGAAUGGGCAAUGUACACGGCUGGGCUGGACCUCUACCGAAGUCUUGGAAUGAAGUACAAAAGGAGUUUCAAAUAGAUAUCAUCAAUAGAAUGCGUAAUCUCGGAAUAGUUCAUGUACUACCAGCUUUCAAUGGUCAUGUUCCUGUGGCAUUCUCUAGGAUAUAUCCAAAUACAACAUUUCACAAAGUGCAACAGUGGAACAAAUUCGAUAACCCGUACUGCUGCGGUCUUUUCUUGGAUCCGUUUGAUCCUUUAUUUGUGCGCAUCGGUCGAAUGUUUCUCAAUGAGAUCUUUAUAGACACGCCUGUGAGUCAUAUAUACACAGCCGACCCCUUCAAUGAAGUCGAACCCUCGGAAUUUUCCACUGCACUCGUACAGCAGACGUCCAAGAAAAUAUUCCAAACACUUUCCGACUUCGACAAGAAUGCAGUGUGGCUACUUCAAAAUUGGAUGUUUGUUAAUGCUCCUCUUGCAUGGCCAGUGGUCAGGGUGAAAUCAUUUUUAAAUUCCGUGCCAAGUGGCAGAAUGCUGAUACUAGACUUGCAAUCAGAGCAAUGGCCACAGUACGAUCUGUAUCAAAUGUAUUAUGGUCAGCCGUUCAUCUGGUGCAUGCUGCACAACUUCGGUGGCACACUGGGCAUGUUUGGCAAUAUGAUCACGAUAAACAAGGACGUGUACGAAGUGCGGUCGCGCGAUAACAGCACCAUGAUCGGCAUCGGCCUCACUCCGGAGGGAAUCAAUCAGAACUAUGUGGUGUACGACCUGAUGCUAGAGUCUGCCUGGCGCAAGUCUCCCGUCGAGGACCUCAAUGAGUGGGUCGCUGAUUACGCAGAGAGAAGAUAUGGGUGUAAUGAAACAACGGAAGCGUGGAAAUAUUUACUCAAAAGUGUUUAUAGUUUUAACGGAUUAAGUAGAGUCAGAGGAAAAUAUGUGGUCACUCGAAGGCCGAGUUUAAAACUAAAGCCCUGGGCUUGGUAUAAGAGCUAUGACUUAUUCGAAGCGUUUCGAAAAUUCGUUUCCGUUAGUAAUAUUAGUUGUUACUCUGCUGGGUUCCGUUAUGACUUAGUAGACGUGACGCGGCAAGCUUUGCAGUAUAGAGUCGAACAGCUUUAUAUAAAUGUCGUCAAUGAUAGAUACACGAACGUAUUUAUUUAUGAAGCUUCUAUUAAACGAUUUCUUGAUGCUCUUAAUGAUAUGGCACAAAUAUUAUAUCAAGAUGAACAUUUCUUGGCCUCGAGGUGGUUCAAGAAAGCGAGAUAUUUGGGGAAGACGUUCGACGAACAAGACUUCUACGAAUUUAAUGCGCGUAACCAGAUCACGCUUUGGGGACCAAAGGGGGAGAUAUCUGACUACGCUUGUAAGCAAUGGGCAGAGUUGAUCGUAUACUAUUAUCUUCCGAGAUGGGCGAAUUUCCUGGAUGCUGCUCUAAAGGCGAAGAAAGCUGGUGAAGAAUUCAAUGAAAAAGAUACUCGUCGUGUGAUAACAUCGACUAUAGAAGUGCCGUUUGUGACUGCUCGGACAGACCAUGUAAGCGGUUCCACAUUAACAGGAUCAUUCACUAUGGCUAUGGAAGUAGCGAAGAAUUUGCACAGAAAAUGGUCGUGUGCUCCAGACGUGGAAGAUUUGCCAGUGGUUGUCAUAGGAUCAGAUAAACAUAGAAGGACUACUUUAGCUGAUGAUGACUUGGAGAAUGAAGAAACACCAGGGUUUCCGAGUGUUAUCAUCAUUCCCACUACGCCUGAAGACUAA